AUGAUUGAACUAGAGAAUGUGGAGUGCAACCCAUCAGUGCAUUUCCUCGACCUCAUCAAAGACUACCAUUUGGACAUGUCCAUUGAAGAGCUGGAGAGGCAUUACAAGGCUGUAGUUGUCAACAAGGACUUGCAGCUUCUCCCUGCCCCUUUUGGGCUUCGGUCCAAAGUUUCCAGUGAUUGCAGACUUCAAAUGGUCAGGUCAAAGGAUACUGAUGGCAACUACACUAUCUUGAAGCACAUCGUCUUCCCAAACCAAUGCAAGGCCUCUGUCAUGAAGCAACUUGUCCAUGGCGUCCUUCACAGGCCAAACUUCAUGCACAUCCCGACCAUGGGGCGGAAAAUUUUGCAAUAUUGCCUGCAGAAUAUGGGCGGCUUACAGUUCCGGUGCUUUGAUCUCACGGCUGAUGUGCCUACCUCCAAAAACAAGAAAGUCUUCGAUGAGCUAGAGGAUGAUGAUCUGGACAAGGGCUUUGAUUACAUCUCCAAACAUGGCCUUGUGCAGCAAGCCCUGCGACAACUUUCGGCUGAAGGUGCUUUGGUGCGCAAAGAGUAUGCAUGGCCAUUGGCAUUGACUCCUGUCUUCUUUCACACCUGGCUGCUCGAGAUCUUGGAGGAGAUCUGGAACUUCGAUCUCUCUGCCCUUGUCAUGCUUGGUGAGCCUGCGUGUGGUAAAAGCCCUCUUGGUCGCAGUGUGCUGAUGGCGCAAUGUCGCUUCAACCGAAAGAAGUUCAACGUUGCCGGGGAACCUAGCAUCAGAUGUAGUCCGGAAAUUGAUUUCCUUCGAGGUGUGGGAGAUUGCCUUGACGAUCCAUGCGCCCAAAGCCUUGGUUUGAAAGCUUUGAAGUCUUUGCUUGAUGUCGACUUGUAUGAAAGCAUGUCCUGGGCCUGCUGGGGAGCUGUCAAAUGGGUGCAGAACCAACCCCGUGCCUUGGCUGCCAAUGCUUAUGAAGCUGGUGUAGAUGAAGGCGAAUCCUUCAUGUCUACCUUGAAAUUUCCUGUAUUUUGGGAGAUGGUGCGCCCUUGUCCUUGCAAGGAAGCCACAAAGGCUGAUGUGGAUGCCAUUUUGCUGAACGCCAACCGGACUGGGCAAAUCGUCAAAGGGUGCAGUCUCUUUGCAGAAUCUCGCCCAGACCCAAGUUGUUUGCGCAGUGCAGCUUCUCUACAUGAAGCGCGGGUGGCCAUCAAGCGUGAGCGUGAAGAGUCUGUGGAAAGGAAGGCUUUGAAGACAUUCAAGGCAUGGAGCAUUGAGUUGAAAAGCGCAAGAGCUGUCGUUGACCUUGAUGCUGCUGAUGACGACAUCGCUCCAGAUGAUGCAGCCUCGAUUGAAGCUGCCUUGGAAGAGGUCAUGGACCAGAUGGAGGAAGAGGAGGAAAUCUUUGACUUCGGGGAGCAGCAUGAGUGA